CUUCUUACAAUAAUUUAUAACUAAUUGUAAUGGUGCAUUUGACUGAAAACAACAUUUAUUUACUUAAAUGGUAUAAUUUUGUUUAAUGAUCUCAUGUAAUCGAUUUAUUCAUCAUCAGUAAGUAUCAUAAUAAUUUUUUCAUUUGUUUGUCAACAGGAGAACUUAAACAAUGGGGAAAAUUCAGGUCGUAAUAUGACUCAGCUAUUGAGCGUACUAACAGUACCAAGAACAGAAUCUUCUUAUGAAGAGUCUUCAAGAACUCCUUUCUCUCCACCAUUAAUAGAAAACAUUUUGCCCAAACAUACUUCAAUAUCGACUCGUCGAGAACCUUUCAAAACUCUCCAAUCUCAUUUGAUGCAUCAAAACCCGCCUCGAGAUCGUCCCAGCUUGAUUCAGCAGGAAGUUCUUACAACUCCACCAUCUCACUCAUCACGUCAAAGCACAUCAUCUGGCCAACGUAUCCCUAGAUCGCUCCAGCAAGAAUUUUCUAUAGGUUCAGAAUCUCGCUCAUCACAACUGAGCACGCCAACUCAACGAAGUACUCCUCGAUUGCUUCAGCGAGAAACUUCUAAAACUCCUCGAUCUCACUUAUCAGGUCAAAGCACAUCAUCUGGCCAACGUAUCCGUAGAUUGCUCCGGCAAGAAUUUUCUACAACUCCAGAAUCUCGCUCAUCGCAACUGAGCACGUCGAGUCAACAAAAUACUUCUCCACCGCUUCAGCGAGAAACUUCUAAAACUCCUCAAUCUCACUCAUCGCGUCAAAGCAUUUCAUCUAAGCAAUCUGCUAGUAGAUCGACUUCUGGAGACAAUCCCAGAACCCGGACACCUUAUUCUUUGGAUGUAAGAACGUCAUCAAAAACGCAUGCUCACAGAUCAGCUCAUGGAAAUAAACGAGGAGCUUCCCAGUCAGAACCAUCUAAACCAUACAGAACAUCUAGGGCCAAUGCCGAUACAUCAAAUCAUCGUUACAAUCAAGAGGCUUUAAGAUCACCACGAUCUCCAUCUAGAUCAAGACAAUCGUCCAGUUCACCUAAUUCUAAUUCAACUUCGCGUAGCUCUUCAAGUUCAAGCAGAUCUUCAAGUUCACGUAGCUCAAAUGAUUUAGAUGAAAUGGUCAGUAAAUCAGAAUUACGUCACGGAUUUAAAUUAUUUCGAAAGAGAAUGAUUUCUGAUGUAGAAAAAAUUAUUAAACAACACAAUCUUGGGCGGCCAUCAUCAACAAACGGAAAAGUUAGAAUUGAAGGAAUUCUCCUAGAUGCUAAAAAUUUUUUAAGAGCUUUGUUAGCAAAAAGAAUGAGCUUGCGUGCAAAAAGAUUAAUGAGAGCAUACUGGACUGAGGAAGAACGUGAUAGGCUGAUAAUAAGACAAAAUAAAAGAUUUCCGAAUGCAAUGAUUGUGAGCUCUCAAAAUUAUAAUGAUAUUAUCCAUCUCUGUUAUGCUCUACAAAGAACACGAUUUUUGAAGCAUACCAGAAAACAAAAUCCUGAGCAUAAUGUAUAUAAAUGGGUUACUGAUUUUCUGAAAAAUGAUCGGCUUGCUCGAAAGAAACAGAAAAAAUCUAGGACAGCUCAGAACCGGCAAAGCAGGGCAAAGUCAAUUUAAAAAGUUGAAAUUUUAA